AUGGCGUCCAGCCUGACUUGUACCGGAGUGAUCUGGGCGCUGCUCUCCUUUCUUUGUGCUGCCACCUCCUGCGUGGGCUUCUUCAUGCCUUACUGGCUCUGGGGAUCACAGCUGGGCAAGCCUGUGUCCUUCGGCACUUUCCGGAGGUGCUCCUAUCCUGUCCACGAUGAGAGCCGGCAGAUGAUGGUCAUGGUGGAGGAGUGUGGGCGCUACGCCUCCUUCCAAGGUAUCCCCAGCACCGAGUGGAGGAUCUGUACCAUAGUGACCGGCCUGGGCUGUGGCCUCCUGCUCCUGGUGGCCUUGACCGCUCUCAUGGGCUGCUGUGUGUCUGAGCUCAUCUCCAGGACCGUCGGAAGAGUAGCUGGAGGAAUUCAGUUCCUGGGGGGCUUGUUGAUCGGCGCUGGCUGCGCUCUCUACCCAUUGGGUUGGGACAGUGAGGAAGUCCGGCAGACUUGUGGUUACAUUUCUGGGCAGUUUGACCUGGGUCAGUGUGAGAUCGGCUGGGCGUACUACUGCACCGGUGGGGGCGCCGCCGCCGCCAUGCUCGUGUGCACGUGGCUGGCUUGCUUCUCAGGCAAGAAGCAGAAGCAGUACCCGUACUGA